AUGGAAAAAUCUGAUGAAAGAGAAGCCGAUGAUCGUCAACAAGACGAAGAGUACAAUUACGAGAAUGAAAUUUUCGAUGACGAAGAUGCGGUUCAUGAGAAAAGAGAAAAGAAAGAAGACGCGAAGGAAAAGGAAGAAGAAGAAGAAAAAGAAGAAAGAGUAGAUUGGGAAAAGAAGGCGAAAAAAAGAGUUCAUAUAGAGCUCAUCGAUGAGUUUCCCGAUCGAAGGAAAACGAUAUAUGAGCUAGAUGCUUACGAAGCCAGUGGCCCUUCGUAUUACGAUAUCUUGCAACUUGGUAAAGUAGAAGAAGAAGUUCCACCAAAACGACUGGAAAUUCGUUACUCCAUAUCUAUGGGUGCUGGUAUAGCAAGGAUCGAUUUAUCUCCUUCGGUUCAACAAAUGCUUGGUUGCGUCAUCGGUGAAAACGUCACCACGGAAUAUCCAUGGGUAUGGGUGCAAAAGGAGACUAUCGAAGACGAUCUGCAGCUUCACUCCGAGAGUAGCGAGUUCUUAGCCAUGAAAGACGAGAUCUUUGAGUAUCCCGAAAGGAGAAUGCUGAUCGGUUACGCCCCUUCUAUCACCGAGGAGGGCCAAUUUUACAUUUGUCUAAGCACCGAGGCAAAGGAAAACGUAUUGCAGCAAAUUCAAAUUCAGAGGCGGAGUCACGAGAUUCGCGUGAGGAACGCCGUUUACAAGCAACCAGCCGAGUGGAAGGAUCUGGGAAGCGGCAAGGAGGUCGACGAGAAUGUUAUCAAGAAUCAAAGACCCCAAAUCGAGAUCGAGGUCGUAUCUACGGCGAAUUUGCUCAACGUGCCAAUGAAUCUGGUAGACAGGAGAGCGGACGAUCAAAGGGACGGAUACAUCGACUUGCUGCCAUAUCGGCAGACAUUCGAGAACGUGUCACGAAGCACGAUAAGCAGGCCCACGCAAGUGACGCCCAGCAUCAAGGACAACGACGCCCAGACCGCGCCUUCAAUACCCGUAAAUUCCUCGUUUCAAUACCAAUAUGAGUACAAGCCGAUCGAUAUAUCCGCCUUUACGGAAGAAGAUACCGAGAAUCUCACGAGAUUUCUACGACGUUAUACCGACAUUAUAUGCGAUCAGGUGCAAAUGAACGCGACGUGGGAUAUUUAUGCGGACGAUUAUACAAAUUUGGUGCAUUACGAAAGAGACACGAAAGCACCGAUACCGGUAGAAUACAAAGAACAUCAAAGUUUUUACAGCAAGCAGCAAACAGAAGACAAGGUCAUCAAUGAUCUAUCCUGGCAUCCUGUAUGGAGUGAUAUCGCUUGCGUGACCUAUACUUAUUUCGCCAAAUCAGAAUACUAUUUGGCUCAAGAAGUGUACGAUCAGGUCCUCAGAGAUUGUAAGGGUAACAAUGUAGCAUUAAUAUGGUCCUUUAAUGAUUGUUUGUCUCCGAAGUUGAUUUUGGAAUGCCACAGGGAGAUCACGUCGAUCUCCAUUUGUCCUCUGGAUGGUAACACCAUCAUUGGUGGUUGUGCAAACGGUCAGAUCAGCAUUUGGUCUAUACCGGGUAAAAUCGAAAGCAUAGAAGCGGUAGUAGUGCACACUUCCGCUCAAAUAAAAUAUAAAGUUACUUUGCGGUCUCUGAUGACGUGGAUAAAAGAAAUCCCUGAAUGGUCGAUCGUAAGACCAGUGGCGAUGUCCUCGUCGUAUUAUAGCCAGAAAAGUACCAUAAGCCAAAUAGCUUGGAUACCGCCUUACCACAAGGUUGAGAAGAACGGUAGAAUCCAAUCUUUGGAGAACGAUACGGCAUUAGAAGAUCUCCCUUUGCAAUUCAUUACCUGUAGCAUGGAUGGAACUAUCGCCUUUUGGGACCUCAAGUUAACGGAUCUAACUAAAAUGCAAUCUGUUCGAAGGGAAAACAUACCGAGGAAGGAUGUUCAGAAAGAAGAACAGAAAAAACCAUUGCCUCCCGAACUGAUGGAAUUCACUUCACCCUUUCGAUCGUUCGAUCGUCUUUGGAAACCAUAUUAUACUCUCAUCGUUCAAUAUCCGAACGAGAGUCGCUGUCCGAUGUUAAGCACGUUCGACAUCUACUCCCCGAAAUUAAAGAGAGAGGAACUAUUUCCAGCUAUCAAAACGGACAUUACAAUAAGACGAUAUUAUAAAUUCGUAUCAGAGAAGCCCGAUUACAUAAUGGAACCAGAAAUCUUUAUUGGCACAGUCGAAGGUUACGUCGGACUCAUUACUUGGGAGGGAUUUGAGGACAAUGACUUGCUUAGACGAGAAGAAUGCAAAUGGAAGUGGAUAAAGCGUAUACAUAAUGGACCGGUUACGCACAUCGCGAGAUCCGAGUAUCACAAGAAAAUCGUUGCUACCGUGGGCGGAAAUAUUUUUGCUGUUUGGAGGGAGGACUUUGGGGAGCCGGUUAUUUGGAAAAAAUCGCAACUGCGUUACACGGGUUGCAGCUGGGUCAACUUUCGACCAACGAUUUUAGUUCUGGCGCGAUUAGACGGAUCUAUGGAAAUUUGGGACUUUAUCGUUAGGAGUCAAGAACCGACUAUUACGCAAAGCGUGUCCGGUCACAUAAUUAUGGGCAUUUAUACACACGAGUUACCCUUGGAGCCACAAUGCAUGGCAAUCUGCGACUAUAAUGGUACUCUAAGGAUAUACACCGCUCCCCCAAUAUUAUUGACGUUCGAUGUUAGCGACAUUAAGUGGAUGCAAGAUUAUUUCGAUCAGCAAGUCAAUAGGAUAUCUGAAUUUCAAAAAUGGCAAGACGCUUGGAACAAAAAGAACUUUGAAAGGAUCGAUAAGAAAAAGAAAUUAGACGAGAAGAAAAUAGAAAAGGAACGCAUAGAAGCGGAAAUAAAGCAUCAAGAAGAAAUGGCCGAGCUAUUAAAGAAAGCCAAAGAAGAGGAGAGAGCGAAAGGAAAAAGACGGAAGCCUUGGCAAAUUAUAGAGGAUACUAAAGAACGUUGGCGUGAGAUGGAAAUGAAACGCAUGCAAAUAACUGUUCUCGAGAAAAAAGGUCUCAGGAGGGACGUUCUUGAGAGACAACGAGCGCCAAUUUUAAAAAUACGCCAAGAAGCUCAAAAAAAAGAAAAGAAUAUUCGCGAGAUCCUGCAACAACGCGACCAGAUUUUCAAGGAGACCGUAACUUUUCUUUUUCCGGAGCAAGAAGUCGAUCAUAAAUUGGAAGAUCGUGAUCAGAUAUCCUUGCCUUACAUCGUACCGAAGCCCUUGAAAGAUAUAGAAUUAACGAUCCCAGAAAGAUCUAAGAUUCAAGAAGAGGCACGACAGUUACUUGAAGAAUUUCAGGAAGUGGAACAAGAAGCUUUGGAAAUUAUGAUAUAUCAAGAAUUCGAGCACGUGUUCGAUUGGCCAACAGUUUUAAAGCAAGCGAGAAAACGAAAAGAGUAUACAUAUACUUAACAUUGUUGAAUACAAUUUUUAAUGAUAUGAAUCAUAACGAGACGGAAACGCUGACGUAAUUUUUCUCUCAUCCGUAGUAUAAGGUUAAAAAAUUCAUUAGAAACCAUUUGAAACGCAUGAAAUAGUUCGAAACUCUAAAAGAUAUACACCCAAGCAGAUUCUUUCAAACGUAGAUACACACAUAACUGUGAAUCUCAGGGAUUUAUACCAGACGUCGUAUUACAAAACGUAACGAAGUGAUAAGAUCCUUGAUACUACGAUAUUGCAAUCGACUGUUGUUCCUCGUUUUUCAAUAUCAAGCUUUUAUUAAAACUGCUAUUAUAAAGGGCCAAAUAUCAUGUCGGUGAAGUAUCCGCGUAAUCAACUUAAUUACGUAAAGAGCAGCGAUAAACGAGAAACGAUGAAUCGACCGGCGAAAAGGACCGAAGUUGAUGAUGAUGCA